AUGACACAUUUUCGAAUCGUCAAACAAGUAAAUUACACCCACCGAACUCGAUCAAUUUACAAAUUUAUUUUGAAAAUAUCUACAAAUCGACCGAAAAUUUUCGAUAUUUACAACAUUUAUCGAAACCAGGCGGAGAUGACGAACCAAACUUCGCCAGUUGAGGAGCAGGAGAAGCUUCUUGAAGAAGCUUUGAAUGUUGUUAAAGUACAGGCAUUUCAAAUGAAAAGAUGCUUGGACAAAUCAAAGCUGAUGGAUGCAUUGAAGCAUGCUUCUACAAUGUUAGGAGAGUUACGGACUUCUCUGCUGUCACCUAAAAGCUACUAUGAACUGUACAUGGCUAUAACCGACGAGCUGCGUCACCUCGAACUAUACUUGCUUGAAGAGUUCCAGAAGGGACGUAAAGUCGCCGAUCUGUAUGAACUUGUUCAAUAUGCUGGCAAUAUUGUACCCCGACUAUAUCUGUUGAUCACUGUAGGCCUGGUGUAUAUAAAGACUAGCACUAAUUUGAGGAGAGAUCUGUUGAAGGAUCUUGUAGAGAUGUGCCGUGGAGUCCAACAUCCGCUGCGUGGCCUUUUCCUAAGGAACUACUUGCUACAGUGCACCAGGAAUAUAUUACCUGACACCAUUGAGGCAGCUAAUGAAAAUGAAGGCACUGUUCGCGACGCAAUAGAUUUUGUGCUAAUGAACUUCGCUGAAAUGAACAAGCUGUGGGUGCGAAUGCAGCAUCAAGGCCAUUCAAGGGAUAAAGAACGCCGCGAACGCGAACGUUCCGAACUACGUAUCCUCGUUGGCACCAAUCUAGUGAGAUUGUCUCAACUAGAGUCCGUUGGGGUUGAAGACUAUAGGCGACUAGUGCUACCGGGGAUACUGGAGCAAGUAGUCAGCUGUAGAGACGCGAUAGCACAGGAGUAUCUCAUGGAGUGUAUUAUACAGGUAUUCCCCGACGAGUUCCACUUGGCGAAUCUCCAACCGUUCCUCAAGUCAUGUGCUGAAUUACAACCAGGAGUGAAUAUAAAGAACAUCAUCAUUGCUCUUAUUGAACGCUUAGCUGCUUAUAGUCAGAGAAAUGAAGGUAACAUAAAUCUAAGCGUGGUUUUAGAAGAUGGAAAAGAACAAGAGGUGCAAUUGUUUGAAGUAUUCUCUGACCAAGUGGCCGCCAUUACACAGAGUCGCACAGACAUGCCGCCAGAAGACAUGCUGUCAUUGCAAUUAGCCUUGCUGAAAUUGGCUCAGCGCUGUCAUCCGGACAAACUGAGCUAUGUGGACCGAGUGCUGGCUCAUACUGACCGGAUUUGUGCUGAUAUUCAGCAGAGUAGCGGAAAAACCCACAUAGAACACAACACACCAGUAUUCAAAGAGCUGAUGAAGAUCCUCAAGCUCCCAGCGGACCACUAUAAGAAUAUUCUUACCCUCAUCAAGUUGCAGAACUACGGUCCGUUGAUAAAUAGAUUGAACCAACCGGGCAGGCUGAUGAUUGCCGUGCAUUUAGUGUCUGAUGUAUUGGAGAGUGAUACAACUGUGUCUAGUCCGGAGGAUGUGGAUGCAGUAUUAACUAUGGUGGAUGUGUUGGUGAAAGACCAACCUGAUCAACCGGAAGAGUGCGACGCUGAAGAUUUCAUGGAGGAACAAGGGCUAUUAGCCAGAUUAAUACAUCACUUCAAGUCAGAUUCAGCGGACCAACAGUACCAAAUACUAAGUGCGGCAAGAAAAGCAUUACAAGGCGGUGGAGCGAAACGCAUACAACACACGUUCCCACCGAUUGUGUUUCACGCGUAUCGACUCGCUUUCGUGUAUAAGGACCUUAAGGAUCAGGAUGAAAUGUGGGAAAAGAAAUGUCAGAAAAUAUUCCAGUUCUGCCAUCAGACCAUCAGUAUGCUGGUGAAAGCUGAACUCGCUGAAUUACCUCUUAGAUUAUACCUGCAAGGCGCGCUAGCAAUAAGCGAGAUUGGUUUCGCGAAUCACGAAACGAUAGCUUACGAAUAUCUCUCGCAAGCCUUCUCACUGUAUGAGGAUGAGAUAUCGGAUAGUAAAGCGCAAUUGGCAGCCAUCACUCUGAUUAUAGCCACGUUUGAGCAGAUUAACUGUUUUGGCGCCGAAAAUGCUGAACCAAUGCGCACGGGUUGCGCUCUCGCGGCAAGCAAGUUGCUCAAGAAACCGGAUCAGAGUAGAGCCGUGGCGUUGUGUGCACAUCUCUUCUGGAAGGGAGCUAAGGAUGGGAAACAGUGGCCACUAAACGAAGCGACCCGAGCGUUAGACUGCCUCAAGAAAGCGGCCAGAGUUGCACAGCAAUGUAUGGACGGCGGUGUGCAAGCGCAGCUAUUGGCUGAACUACUGGGCAGAUAUGCCCUGCUACGGGAGAGGGGCAAUGAGGCACUCACCACUAAUCUUAUUGAGGCAAUAAUACAGAAAAUCCGCGAAGAGCUAGCGAACCUGGACCAAUCGGAGGAAGUGGAACAGAUAACAAAACACUUCCACAACACACUACAGCAUCUCAAGAACAGAAUGGAGUGCCCAGACCCGGACGGGCUCGGGUAUGAGGGGCUAGUGUUGUCGUAAGAAAAACAUUAAUAAAAAAUAGCGUGUAUGCCGAGCACACGUGUCAGAAGUGAAACUUUUAUGGCAAGAUUCAAAGAUACAUAAAUCGUCGCCUUACAUGACCUGACGGCAUUGCCAUGAAGAAGUUUCACUUCAAAAAAAUGUUAUCUAUGGUAUUUUUUAUAAAGCAUAGGGAGAGAAGCGAUUGUGCGAUUUUUUUCUGGAUAU